UUACAUACUCAUUCAUUACAAAGUGAGGUUUUAGGGUGUUGGAGAAGAGGAGUUGUGAAGAGUUGAAGUAUCAGUUUCGUAAUGGGAUACGUGCAAGAAGCCAGAGAAAAUCACGUCAAAAAGAAGGUCGAAGAAGCUCUGCGCAGUAAAAUGAAGCAGAAAGCGCUCAAACAAUGUGAUCGAUAUACUACAAAAUACGCUGAGUGUGCCUCAGGAAGAACAAUAUCUGUUGUUUGGCAGUGUCGUAAACAAGCCAAGGAAUUAAAUGAGUGUCUUCAUCAGUACACAAAUGACUCUGUUUUGGAAGAAAUGAAGAAAGCGUACAUGCUCCAACAGAAUGAACAAGGAUCAGUUAGAGUUUGAGUAUGCCUUUCAUGAUUCUUCGAGUUAAGUCGUCUCCACAUCGUCUGCAGUUCAGAAGGCCUUCACUUUCUUAUCAGAAUUUGGGUGUGAUUUGUGAACGAACAGUAUGUAUUUGGGUUGUUUGUGGUGGAACUCACAGAAAAUUGAAUAAAUUUGUGGUUUCAUAAGUUAUAAAUGCUACACUAGUCACUAAUUUUCAAAUUGGGCGUGAACUUUUUUUGUUUUCCUU